AUGAGCAAAAGGAAAACAUCUACGAUUUUAGAUUUCUUUCAAAAAAAUAAUACUGGCCGUAAUAUAUGGGGAAACGAAGCCGCAGCCAUUGAGGCAUCCCAGAAAGAGGCCAAAACCAAAGCAACCAGUUUGCAAGUCGAAGAAAUAACUCCUGAAGCUUUAGAACGAUUCAAUGACCCGUCGACAAAGCUUGAAAACGUGGAGCCUCCUCAAUGGGCGCCUCAAAACGAAACUGGAUUUCUAGAACCUUUAAAGUCCUCUAGUUACAAAAUUGAAAAGAUCAGUAUGCCGGAGGUAAUGCUCUGCCCUGUUUGCCAAAUUGACUUUUCAGCCCUUUCCGUUGAUGCUAAUGAACACGUGAACGCUUGCCUUGAUGGUCGAACACCUGAAACCUUUGCUAAAAAUGCCAAAAAGAAGUUAUUUUUGUCUUCGAAAAGCUCACAGGAUGCUGAUACCAUCGUUGUUGACCCUAGAACUACGCCCACCCUGGAUGCUAAUAAACCUGCAAAGAAGUCCAAUCUGGCUCCUUUCUAUAAGAUUAUGCCUUAUAAUAUGCCCUUCGCCGUUGACGCUUUUAGCUUUGGAGCUAUAGAUGGCGUUGAAGCUUACUUUUUGUCUCAUUUCCAUGCUGAUCAUUACGGUGGAUUGUCCUCGAAAUGGGAACAUGGCCCUAUAUAUUGCUCCGAAGUCACUGGAAAUUUACUUAUCAAUGUCCUUCACGUGAAUGAAAAGUAUGUGCACAAGCUUUCGUUAAACGAGCCUCACAACAUUAUGGGUGUUACAGUUUGUCUCAUUAAUGCCAAUCAUUGUCCCGGUUCAGCUAUGUUUCUCUUCGAGACUCUUCACGAAAAUAAGACAAAGAGGGUCCUUCAUUGUGGUGAUUUCCGGGCUUCUAGAGCUCACGUUACACACCCAGCUUUGAAAGACAAAACUAUCCAUAAAUUGUAUCUGGACACUACAUACCUAAAUCCAAAAUAUACAUUUCCUGCACAAAAAGACGUUGUUGACGCGUGUGCUCGCAAAGCACUAGAUGUGAGGAAUGCAGCCAACUCAAAAUUGCUUAUAGUUGUUAGCACAUACAGCAUUGGCAAGGAAAAGGUUGCCAUAGCUAUAGCAAAAGCACUUUCUUCAAAAAUUUUUGUGGUGCCUAGAAAACGACUUAUUAUAGAACAACUUGGCGACCAGGAAUUGCUGGAUUUGUUAACAGAUGACCCGUCACAGGCAUCUGUGCAUAUGGUAACUAUGGGCGGUAUACAGCCCGGUUCUUUAUUGGAAUAUCUCGAGCAACACAAUUCUUUUGAGAGAGUGAUUGGGUAUCGAGUUACUGGAUGGACGUUUCAGCCGCUAGAAAAACGAGCUGAUCUUAGUAGUAACCUUGAGUCCAUAAUUUCUCGGCCACCACAGUUUGUAUCCCACGACUUGCGAGCUAUGAGAGGAGCAAACGACAAAGUUGCUGCAUUCGUAGCUCCCUAUAGUGAGCAUUCUAGUUUUUAUGACUUGACUAUGUUUUGCCUUAGUAUGAAUAUCCUGUCCACCAUUCCUACGGUAAACAUGGGUAGCCAGCGAUCUCGUGAAAAAAUGCAGAUAUGGCUUGAUCGGUGGGCUUGGCGUCGCAAGAAACAAGGGUUGAUUUCUGUGGACGAUACGAAUUGGUAA